AGGCUGUCAGGUUUGUCCUUGGGUAGAUGGAUCACCUGAUGUAGACACUGGGGACCAAACCCUGGGAUUGGCUUAAAACAGGCCUGUGUUGAUCCAGUGGCUGGCUUUGGCAGCUUGUCAAUCUGCUGUCAGAUCAAAAGCCUAGAAAUAGUGUCAGGGCAGCCUGCUGGACUCAGUUUGAGAAAGGAGGCAGCGAUGCAAGUGCUAACCAAGCGGUACCCCAAGAACUGCCUGCUGGCCGUCAUGGACCGGUACUCAGCUGUGGUGCACAACAUGGAGCAGGUGGUGAUGAUCCCCAGUCUUCUGCGGGAUGUGCAGCUGAAUGGGCAUGGGGGCUCAGCCCAGGAGGGGGCCCCUGAUCUCUAUUCCUACUUCACCAUGCUUAAGACCAUCUGUGUGGAAGUGGACCACGGGCUGCUUCCAAGGGAGGAGUGGCAGGCCAAGAUAGCUGGCAGCGACAUCACUGAGGCUGAGAAUGAAGUUUCUGAGGCAGAGGAGGCUGAUGAAGAGAGAGUCUCAGGGGAGCUGGACCUGGAAGCCCAGUUCUAUCUGCACUUCUCCAGUCUCCAUGGCAUCCUUACCCACCUUACCCUGAAAGCCCAGGAGGUGACGAGGAAAUACCAGGAAAUGAUGGGACAGGUCCCAUAGGCCUCCAACUCUAAGGAAGGUCACGUUACACAGAAGGCAGACUCUGAUGAGGCUCAGCAGUGCAUCAGCCUGGAGACCGGAAAGGAAGGCUGGACCUGCAGCUGAAGAUUGUCUCUGCAAUGCUUCCCCACCUUCCUCGAAGUACCAAUUUGCCUCUGGUUACCAGCUAGCCUGUAUGAUGUUUGUUGCUGCUCUCCUCUUCCUCCACUUAUCAGCUUGAGGGGGUGACUAGUGGUUAAGGCAGUGUGGAUCAGUAGAAAGCAGAUUUGUUAGCACAUGAUCCAAGUUCAUAUCCCUCUUCUCUGCAGCCAUCUACUUAAUGGUCAUGAUAUUCACCCACUGGAGCCCAAAUUCCCUCCUGUAUAAAACGACACUGCUGUAUCUACCUCACAAGGUUAUGAAAAAACAAAACAAGAUGACUCAAAAGCCCCUUGCACUCAAGAGCUCUUGCAACUGGCCGGUUUCCUCCCAUCUUCCCCGGUGUACUUGCUGGGGUCCUUGCUUUUCACCCUCCAGGAGAGGUAGAGGUGGAGUUCUGUGGAACAAGCAGCUCUCCUGCUGGAUCUGCUGACCACUGAUGAGGCUGAGCACGGGUGAAUUACGAACCUAUUUAUUGCAGUAAUGGAAAAAAUGUGAUGUGUAUGUCUUUAUGAAGAGCACUUUCUCUGAUAUAAUUUCAUGGUUUACAACUGGACUCCAGUGAGAAGACAAUUUAUUUGGUUUUUCCCCCAAUCUGCAAAUAGUCAUACUGCCACCCAAUCUGAAGCCAUGUACCUAACAAGUUUACUAAUCUCUAAAACCUAAUCUGAUCAUAAAAACUAAGCCUGAAAACAAAAAGGCUCUGGACAGCAUUUGGAACUGAUGGUCUGUAAAGAAAUAAUCUCUCCUAGUACUGGAGGGGGGAAAGGCACUUCCUGUCUGGGAUAUGUGGUCUUCCUUCCUCCGCCCUCAGCUCCACCACAGACUAUGCUAGGUACCAAGCCCAUCUUCCCCAGAAUGACCCACCUGAGCGCCAAGCUUGUAUCAUCAGAAUGUUACUAUUCACCCUGUUGAAUGCUCCCCCGGCCCCGUAGUAUUACAGGGAGAGCUCAGAAAUACAAACCUGUCAUUGCUGGCCAGAUAGCUCAGUAGAUAAGGGUGCUUGCCAAGCCUGACAACCUGAGUUUGAUCCCCAGAACCCUCAUGAUGGAAGGAGAGAACCAACUCCAAGUUGUCCUGCAUAUUCAUGCGUGCUUUCGCACACACGCACACACGUUAGCACACACGCGUGCGCGUGCGCGCACACACACACACACACACACACAUAAAAAAGUAAAUAAAAAUCUUUUGGUGAAUCAAAAGUGAUGACAUGUUUUAAUCCCAGCACUUGGGUAAACUGAGGCAGGAAGAUCAAAUGCUAACUGGUUGUGCAGGGAGAUUCUGUCUCACAAAAACUCAAAUUACAAACAAUCCCCCCUUUGGUGACUUCCCAAUACUUAAAGGAUCAAGUCAAAAUGAUUUUGUAUAACACAAAACCCUUCAUAAUCUUACUUGCUUUGUAUUUUCCUCAAAUAAAAGAGAAGGCAAAUAGUUUAUGAAGGGUCGGAUACUACUUCAGACUUUGCAAGAGAAGGCCUUCGUCACCCACGUCUGCUGCCAUAGCACCAGAGCAGCCAUAAUCAACACAUACAUGAACACAGCUGUGUGCCAAUAAAACUUUAUUAACUUUG